AUGUCUGGCAAUAGCGAACUGGUCAGUGAAUUGAUAGCCGUUUGCAAUGACCUAGGACAUAAGAGCAAACAUUUGGACAACAAAUACAUACUCAACAAACAUGACUGCAAUCAUGUGCUCAAAGACUUGAUCCGAUUUCUUCGCAACGAUGACAGACAUACGUUUGCCGUCAGGACUCAGUUGGGCUCCAGUAAUAUAGUGGACAACGAUCUGAUCCCUAUUGUCGAGCAGUACUGUCUCGAAGACAUACCACUGUUUGACAAAAUCUUACGCCUUUUGAUAGACUUAACAAAUCCAGUGAUACUUCUGUUCCAACAGAAGACACCGACAGAUAAGAGCGAAUCCCAGAAGUUUCUGGAGCUUCAGUCACACCUGUAUUCAUACAAACUGUCCUUCGGCUCGCAUAAGAGGUUUUGGACGGUUUUGGCCAAACAUUUGACACGAAUUAUAGGAUUGGAUGACGAGAACAGACAGAUAGAGGACAGCCUUAUGUUUGAAAGGAUUCUUAUACUCAUCCGAAAUGUGUUACACAUUCCCAUCGAUAUGUCCGCCAAUCGCAUGAUCACCGAAGAGCACGUCAACCCUCAGGACCGCAUCAUUGAAGUGAUGCACAGCUCGGGAAUCAAUGAACUCAUCCUUUACUUGUCUAACGAUGACUCUCAUCGAGAGUUUUGUUUUCAUUUGAUUGAAAUCAUGUCUUUGAUGUUUAAGGACCAAAGCGCUGAGUUCAUCGCCAAGAGUGUCGCCAAUUAUCAGCAAAAUAGUGAUCCCAAUGGUGACCGAAGAACUCAUUACGAGAGAGAACUCGAUCGCAAAGAACUCAGAGAACUCAAGACUAGAGAUCAGAGUAUUUCGACAAAAGUUAAGCCAAAUUUGAAUCGAUUUAAUGGCACUUAUUUUGUGAAGAAUAUGAAAUCCAUUAGCGAUAGAGAUAUCAUUUGUCACAAAACACCACAAGAUUUGAGUGAAAUUAGUUUCGAUAUCAACAAAGAUAUCAAACGUAAACUGAAUGCCAGAAAACCGAUGGCCGACACGAUUGCCAACAAGAGUGCGAUCGGCCCUCAAGUCAUUCAUAAGUCGACAAUCAAAGUGAGGAAAAUAUUGUUUGACUUUUGCGUUGAGUUUCUCACCAACUCUUACAACGAGUUUAUGCGAAGAGUUUACGACAGUUUGUUUCUCACCAACUCUUACAACGAGUUUAUGCGAAGAGUUUACGACAGUUUGGUCCGCAAUCUGAGUCAAGACAACGACGAAACCUAUUAUCUGUGGGCCAUUCAGUUCUUUAUGGAGUUUAACAGAACUAAUCCCAACGCAAUGGAUAAGAUGUUUGUCUCGGAGACAAUGUCUUUGAAUUCAUUUCAUUACCUCAACACUAGAAUUGAUCACUACAUGGAAACAAUUAAACUACAGAAACAAGAACUCAGUCUUUGGUCAAAACGACUUCAUUUUGGGCUCAAAGCCUAUAGAGAACUGUUGUUUAGCUUAAAUUGGUUUGAUUUCGCCACAGAAGCAGACAUUCGGAUCAGUGCCCGGAAUAUUAAGAAAGUCUUCUUCUAUGAAACGGAAUAUAGGGAUCAAUUGCUUUCACUACUUCAUGAGUACAAUGAGGUCCGCAUGACUAAGACGUUCCUCAAAGAUCUCAUCGAAACAAAUCAUGUGUUCCUCAAAAUGCUUGAGAAUUAUUAUAAACACAAUUCACGGCUUUUGGUUCGCGAGAAAGUGCGAAGAGUUAAGAGAAAGAAGACUCAGAAGAAGAAGGCAGAGGAGGAGAAAGUGCCGCCGGAAGAGGUGUGGAAUGAUAUCAUUUCCAUUGUAUCUGAGGCUCUGUCAGGAAGUCUUGAUUUGCCGUCACCUCAAGAGGACACAACUGUCCGCGCGUUUGAUCCGAUGUCUGAGAAAACAAGUGACGAACAAAAGAUGGAUGUAUUGCGAAGAGUUCACAACUUUUUGUUAUCAAAGCGUGUGGUCGAAGCCAUCAGUUUAUAUCGCGACGCAAGGAAUUGCUGGACAGGAGAUGAAGACAACGCGUUCGGCGCUCAAGACAUUCCUCCUGAAGAAGAGUUGCUAUCAUUGAACGAAAUCUUGAUGACUGACUUCCCGAAUGAGCCCACAGUUGAAGAGCCUAAUGAUGAGGAAGUGGAGGAUGAGGUGGAAGAGGCAGAGGCGGCGCAGAAGACCAGAGAACGAGAAAUAGAGUUGAGUGAAGUGGUCAACAAGUAUUGUCACCAAAACGUUGUCCGCAAUUAUUGCCUUUUACUCAAGUCUUACGAGACUAAUAGCGAUGACACAAACCAUUGUGUCCUGAAAAUGUUGCACAGAAUAUCGUUUGACUGCAAAAUGCAUGCAAUGCUAUUCCAGGCCUCAGUGUUCCGCACAUUCCAGCGAAUACUGUCGGACCCGUUACGAGACUCGGGUGCCGUUAAAGAGCUCAAAAGGUUCGCCAAAUUUAUUCUUUCGAAGUUUGUUUUGGCCGCCAAUAAGAACAACAAAAUCUUCUUUGAGUUACUUUUCUGGAAGACCUCCGGCGAAGCCUAUCAGGUGGAGGAGGGAUACCAUACCACUCGCAACCUAAAGGCUGCCAAACAGUUAUGGACUGAAGAGCAAGAACUCGAACUUAAGGUUUUGUUUGAUGAGUACAAGGAUAAGGGGAAUGCAGACAAGGAUUACGUGGAUCUCAUUGUGGAUCACUUGAUUGAUGACACCAAGACUAGAAGACAAGUGAUUAAAGAACUUAAACGACAGGAAAUUUUUGUUGAAAUCAAAAAGAGUAAAAAACGGCCCAAAAUUGAAAAUAAUAAUGUCAACAAAGAAUACAAAAGCAAUGAAUUCAUUGACGACAACAGCGACGACAGUGAAGAUGACACCAGAGUUCCCGAGAACUACGAAACUAUUGAAGAAGACAAUGAAAAUCGUAAGACUUAUGAUGUGAGCGACGAAGAGGACAGUAAUAAGAAGACAGACGAAGACAUUGAAGGAGAGGAUAGAAAUGAUAUUCAAAAGGAGAGUAUAAGUGAUGAAAGUGACGAUGAAGUCAUAAAAGUUAACGAAAAUCAUAAGAAGAGAGUUAAUGUGAUUGAAGACUCGAGUGAUUCGGAUUCAGACAACGACGCCGAAGAAAAUAUUCUUACGAUUAAUGAAGACAUUGCAGAAGAAGUGAGAACUCCAGAGAAAAGUAAAGAAAAUAAAUGUGACGACAAGAGUGAUAAUACCAAUGACUCGUCGGACGAUUUUGUCGAUGAAACUGUUGAAAGGAGUCAAACGAAACGAUCGUUGGAUGAUUCAGAUGAUGAAGUGGUUGUGGUGUCUAAGAAUAAAAAGAGACAUUUGAUUAUUGAUGAUUCGGAUGAUGAUUGA